AUGACAACAGAGGCGAAGAGCGCCGAUCAGACGGACAAUUUCCCUCUUGCUGAUGACGAAUCUCAAGGAAGCUCACUGGAUACAGGAGGCCGUGCACCACUACCAGCACAACCGUUGCCUCGAGAUGAAGGGGAUGAUCAGGAAGAGAAGGCACGACUCAUUGCGCAGGUUCUUGAGCUCCAGAAUACACUCGAUGGUAUAUUUUAG